AUGCAACAAGUACUUAAUUCAACAAGACCUGACCAUCAGUUUUGGUUUUACGAUGACGUAACUUGGUACGGCAGAACAAAGUACCUUAAUUAUUAUACUCCCUUGGUGCUUUCAAUGUUCACGGCGUUGUUCGUAACUUAUAACAUAUGGAAACAUUAUUACUAUUAUAACGUCCUACACUUGAAAGAAAGAAACCCAAUUGAUGAACUCUUGUACUCAUCUACCGACGAAGACGAACAGAGUCCUUUGAUAAACAAUAAUACCACUACGACCAAUUAUGUGGACAUUAAUUGUAAAAAAGACGCAUUAAAAAAUAGACAUUUUUCUCUGGAAAAGCUAAAAUCAGUUAAGCUAAAUGGAGAACCUCAUGGAGAACCUGAAAUAAUAAGAAGAGGCUUCAUUGAAAAAUCAAAAAUUAUCCUGGAGUUUUUUUUGGUACUUUCUCAAGUUAUAAUACAUUCUUUUAUACUGUUACACUAUGUUAAUAAAAACCCAGAGUUCACUCAACGAGGUACGAUUACUGGUUUAGUAGAAUGGUGCUUAUUGUUUGUAAUUGUCUCUUUACGUCUAGCAAACGUCAAUCAAAAUUUCAAAUUGAUAAACAAAUAUCCCGGAAAUCUAUGGUCGGUGUCGUUCAUAAAUUAUUUGAUUUUGUUUAUUUCUAUGGUUUUACCCUUCCGUUCCAUUUUCAUUCACCAUAUAAACACUCCUAUUCUAAGAAAGUAUUACAUUUCACAAAUAUCAAUCAACCUUGCCCUUUUCUUAUUGCUCUUUUUUGCGAGGAUAAGAAAUAAUUUUGCUAUCAUCUAUAAAACAGAUAGCUGGAUUACUCCAUCUCCAGAACCGGUAACUUCUAUUGCUGGAUUCAUAUGCUGGGCUUGGUUGGACAGUUUUGUUUGGAAAGCACACAAGGUGAGUAUCAAAGUUAAGGAUAUUUGGGGAUUGAUGAUGCAAGAUUAUUCUUUCUUUGUGGUGAAAAAAUUCAGGUACUUUGUUGACCAUAAGGUUAAGAAGAAACGUAUUUUUUCGCUAAACCUUUUCUUUUUCUUUUCCAAUUAUUUGGUACUACAAUGCUUUUGGGCAUUUUUGGGCAGUGUACUCUCCUUUAUUCCAACAGUUUUACUGAAAAGAAUCCUGGAGUAUGUUGAAGAUCAGUCAUCUGCUCCCUCAAACCUAGCCUGGUUUUAUGUAACUACCAUGUUUGUGGGUAGGAUAUUAGUGGCUAUUUGCCAAGCACAAGCACUAUUCUUUGGAAGGAGAGUUUGUAUCAGAAUGAAAAGUAUUAUAAUCUCCGAAAUUUACACUAAAGCUUUGAGAAGAAAAAUCUCCACUAACAAGACUAAACCUACUAAUGAGGAUCCACAAGAAAUCAAUGAUCAAAAGAGCAUCAACGGCGAUGAGGAGUCCACUUCUUCCGCCAACCUCGGAGCGAUUAUCAAUCUGAUGGCCAUUGACGCCUUCAAGGUCUCUGAAAUUUGUGGUUAUCUACAUUCAUUUUUAGAGGCCUUUGUCAUGACUGUUGUUGCUCUUGCGCUGUUAUACCAUCUGUUAGGUUUUGCUGCAAUUGUAGGUGUCUUAAUCAUUGUUGCUAUGCUCCCACUGAAUUACAAACUUGCCAAAUACAUUGGCGAUUUGCAGAAGAAGAACUUGGCCGUCACAGAUAAUCGUAUUCAAAAGCUGAAUGAAGCUUUCCAAGCUAUCAGAAUCAUCAAAUACUUUUCAUGGGAGGAGAAUUUUGAAAAAGAUAUUAAUACUAUUAGAGAAAACGAAUUGUCUCUGUUGCUAAUGAGAUCUAUUGUUUGGUCUAUCAGUUCUUUUCUUUGGUUCGUUACUCCAACUAUUGUAACAGCCUCUUCAUUUGCUUACUACAUUUACGUUCAAGGUGAGGUAUUAACCACUCCAGUUGCCUUCACUGCGCUUUCUUUAUUCACGUUAUUAAGAGAUCCGUUGGAUCGUUUGUCUGAUAUGUUAAGUUUUGUCGUUCAAUCAAAGGUCUCAUUAGAUAGAGUCCAGGAUUUCUUAAAUGAAAAUGAUACAAAGAAAUACGAUCAAUUGACCGUGGAUCCAAAUGGGAAAAGAUUUGCCUUUGAGAAUUCCACCAUCUCCUGGGAUAAGGACAAUCAAGACUUCAAAUUGAAGGAUUUGAACAUUGAAUUCAAAACUGGUAAACUAAAUGUCGUUAUUGGCCCAACUGGUUCCGGUAAGACAUCUCUACUGAUGGCAUUAUUAGGCGAAAUGUAUCUACUCAGUGGUAAGGUUGUCGUUCCAGCUCUGGAGCCAAGGCAGGAAGUAGUGGUAGAUGCGAAUGGAACAACUAAUUCCAUUGCUUAUUGUUCUCAGGCCGCCUGGCUUCUAAAUGAUACUGUAAAAAACAACAUUUUAUUCAAUAGUCCAUUUAAUGAGGCAAGGUAUAAAGCUGUUGUUGAAGCAUGUGGAUUGAAGCGUGAUUUCGAGAUCUUGAAAGCCGGUGACUUGACGGAAAUCGGCGAGAAGGGGAUUACUUUAUCUGGUGGUCAAAAGCAAAGAGUUUCUCUUGCUAGGGCUCUGUACUCCAACGCAAGACAUGUUCUUUUGGAUGAUUGUUUAAGCGCAGUUGAUUCUCACACAGCAUCCUGGAUUUACGAUAAUUGUAUUACUGGACCAUUAAUGGAAGAUAGAACAUGUAUUUUGGUUUCCCACAACAUCGCCUUAACCUUGAGAAAUGCUGAAUUGGUGGUAUUGUUAGAAGAUGGUAGGGUUAAAGACCAAGGAGACCCAAUAGAUAUGCUACAAAAGGGUUUGUUUGGUGAAGAUGAGUUAGUAAAAAGUAGUAUCUUAUCACGGGCAAACUCUUCUGCUAACUUAGCUGCAAAAAGUAGCACAAGCCUAAGUAACCUACCCGCUGUCAAAGAACAACAAAUUAGCAUGAACAACAACUCCUCCCAAUUUGAAGCAAAGAAACUUCAAAAACCAUUGAGAACAGAAGCUGAACGUGCUGAAGAUGGUAAAUUAAUAGAAGAAGAAACCAAGGAAGAGGGUGUAGUUGGCAUGGAUGUCUAUAAAUGGUACUUGAAAAUUUUUGGUGGUUGGAAAAUUGUUUCAUUUUUAGCUUCCUUGUUCUUAAUAGCCCAACUUUUGUAUAUCGGACAAUCAUGGUGGGUUCGCGCCUGGGCAUCACACAAUAUUAUUGCUAAAAUUGUUCCCAGAGCGCAACGCGCUAUUGCCUUUGUCUCUAAGGAGGCUAGUCAUCUAAUUGAUUGGAGAGGUUCGUUCCAAAUUAGUAUGGCGUCAACUGAGAACCAACCCACCAGUGAACAUUCCACAAUGUAUUAUCUGAUUCUGUACUUAAUCAUUGGUUUGGCUCAAUCCUUAUUGGGGGCAGGUAAGACUAUUUUAAAUUUCGUUGCUGGUAUCAACGCGUCAAGAAAGAUAUUCAACAUGAUUCUAAACAAGGUUCUACACUCCAAGAUAAGAUUUUUUGAUGCUACUCCAACAGGUAGAAUUAUGAACAGAUUUUCCAAGGAUAUCGAGGCUAUUGAUCAGGAAUUGACACCUUAUAUACAAGGGGCCUUCUAUUCGCUUAUUGAAUGUUUAUCCACCGUCAUAUUGAUCACAUUUAUCACUCCACAAUUUUUAUCUGUUGCUAUAGUUGUUUCAAUAUUGUAUUAUUUUGUUGGGUACUUCUACAUGGCGGGUUCUCGUGAACUGAAAAGAUUUGAAUCUAUCUCCAGAUCGCCAAUCUAUCAACACUUUUCCGAGACUCUUGUCGGUGUUACAACUAUUCGUGCGUUUGGUGAUGAAGGAAGGUUUAUGCAAGAGAACUUACACAAAAUUGAUGAAAAUAAUAAACCGUUCUUCUACUUAUGGGUUGCUAAUCGUUGGUUAGCCUUCAGAAUAGACAUGAUUGGAUCCUUGGUCAUCUUUGGAGCUGGUCUGUUCAUACUAUUCAAUAUCAAUCAUCUAGAUUCGGGUAUGGCCGGUAUAUCUUUAACAUAUGCGAUUUCCUUCACUGAAGGUGCAUUGUGGUUGGUUAGAUUGUACUCUGAAGUGGAGAUGAAUAUGAAUUCUGUUGAAAGAGUCAAAGAAUAUAUGGAAAUUGAGCAAGAGCCAUACAACCAACAUAAAGAAGUGCCGCCACCACAAUGGCCGCAAGAUGGUAAAAUCGAGGUUAAUGAUUUAUCAUUACGUUACGCUCCAAACCUACCUAGAGUAAUUAAAAACGUUUCAUUUUCUGUCGACGCACAAUCUAAGAUCGGUAUUGUUGGUAGAACCGGUGCCGGUAAAUCAACUAUUAUUACUGCCUUAUUUAGAUUUUUGGAACCUGAGACAGGCCAUAUCAAGAUUGAUAAUAUCGAUAUCUCUGGCGUUGAUUUACAAAGAUUGCGUCGUUCUAUAACUAUUAUUCCACAAGAUCCAACACUAUUUUCAGGCACGAUCAAGACCAACCUAGAUCCAUAUGAUGAAUUUAGUGACAAAAAGAUCUUUGAAGCUUUGAAACGUGUAAAUCUAAUCAGUGAAGAGCAAUUACAACAUGGGGUCACAAGAGAGGCGGGCAAUGACACUUCGUCGACUAAUUCAGAGAACGUUAAUAAAUUCUUGGAUUUGAGCAGUGAAAUCAGUGAAGGUGGAUCCAAUUUGUCCCAAGGACAGCGUCAAUUGAUGUGUCUCGCCAGAUCGUUACUGAGGAGUCCAAAGAUAAUUUUGCUAGACGAAGCUACAGCGUCCAUCGACUAUGGUUCCGAUGCAAAAAUUCAAGAAACUAUCAGAAAAGAGUUCCAGGGAAGUACAAUUUUGACAAUUGCACAUAGAUUAAGAUCUGUUAUCGAUUAUGACAAAAUUUUAGUGAUGGAUGCAGGUGAAGUUAAAGAAUAUGAUCAUCCAUAUUCCUUGCUACUCAACAAACAAAGUGCCUUUUACAGCAUGUGUGAACAUAGCGGAGAAUUGGAAAUCCUAAUUGAAAUGGCUAAAAAGGCGUUUGUAGAAAAAUUGAACUCUAAAAAGGACUAA